AGUGCUAUGCCUGACAUUGAUGUGCUUAAACGUACUUCCAGGGAAGGCGGAGACGGUUUGCAAGAUCGAGGAGAGUUUCAGAAAGUGUACUCCAGCCAAACAUGUGCGCUGGCGAACGCUCCAACACCAUGCGUCUGUAAAGCCAUGUGCCUCGUCCAGGAACUAACAGACAAACUGGACCACUGGGUCCAACAGGAAGCUGCUAAGCAGCGUGACAUUUCUGAAGGAAACAAUGCAAAUCACGGCAUCUCCAGGUUUGAUUCGUCCCAUCCGGGAAAUCACGCAGAUCUGUAUAUUGAGGGCGUGGGGCUUUUUUAUGAAACUGAAACCUUGUGUCCCUUCUGGAAGGGGACAGGUGGCGUUCUGCUGGAGGUGGUGUCACUUAUCAAGCGCCUGGAGUCAGAUCGGCAAGAGGCCAAGGAGGCGCUGCAAGAGGAACGGCGUAAAGCGGAGCGCCUGAGAAGUAAACAGGACAGUCUCUCUCUGUGGAAACAAGAACAGUUUCCUCUAGCGGUACAGCUAGAAUAUGAAGCCUGCACCAGAGACAUCGCAGAGCUGAGGUGGCAUCUGAGAGUACAUAACGACCAAAUGCUGAGAGUCAGAAACGUCCUGACGCAAGCCGAGACGCAGAAUCAUCAACUGCUCGAGAAUAUCGAUUUUCUAAAGAAACAGGGUCCACUCGUAAACGAGAAGCUGCACCUGGAAGAUGGAAACUUGAAGCAGAUACAAUCGGCCCGAGCCGAGGCAAGUGAGGUGCUCGCGAAGUUGUCCCACGAGCUGAGAGGUUCUGAGCAGGAGCUGGAGAAAGACCAACUGCAGAUGGAUGGCGAAAUGGGCGCCAUGAGGCAGACGCUCGAAGGCGUCCGAGCUCAGCUUCAAACGAGGACCACCGAACUGCAGCAGUUAAAGACUUCCUGGGACCUCUGUUGCACCAGAAUCCGUGAAACUGAGGAGAGAGUAGCGUUUACAGAUAAACAGGUCGACGCCAUGCUCCGGCAGAUCCCCAUUCUAGAAGCACAAGAGACCGAGUUAAGCAAUGCUGUUAUGGAACUAAAAGCAAAUCUGCAAAGUCGUGAAAGGAACCUGGCAGAAAAACAAGAUGGUUUUACAAACGUUCUAAAGCAGAUCCAAGCGACUAGUCAAGAAGGAGAAGCAAAUGUCUGUGCGUCUGAGGAGAUCUUCAGCAGGAAGCGUCAGGAGCUCCUGCGUCUGCGUGACAAAAACAAAGAACAUGAACUAGAAACCCAGGACUACAAUAAGAAGAUCCGUCAAAGCAAGCAGGCGGUGCAGCAGCUGCAGAAAGACCAAAAGCGGAUACAAGAGAAGAUCCGUCAAAAUGAGGAACAGAGGGAUCAGGCCAAGGGUGAGCUGGCACUGCACACCGCCCGCCACACUGACACCAAGGCUCGGCUGGAGGACCUGGAGCAGCAGACGCUUGAGCAGGAGCAGAGCAUGAGGGAAGACACAGAAACGUUGAAGAUGAAGCUGAUGAGUGAGAUGAAGCUGGUAGCAGACCUUAAAGGUGACGUCGCCUCAAUUCUGAUGGAGUAUAAAGCGACAGAAGACGACUACGAGAGAGAGGAAGACGAGGUGCGGAAAGAACAUGAAGAAGCCUCGUCUGCAGUCGCCCAGCUGGAGACAGAGACGGUCAAACUGAGAGAAAUACACACAGCCAAAUCAAAAACUAUUGUAGACUUGAAAAGGAAAUUGAGUGACGUCCUGACAGCGCACAAAAUCCUGUCUGAUGAUCUUCACCAGGAGAAGCGUGACUGUCUCAACCAUCUGCGUUCAGCUAAAGAAGCCCAAAAAGCGGUGAUGGUGAGAUCUGAACAGGUUUCCGGAAAGAUCGAGGAGCUCAGGCUGAAGUGUGAAGAAUACAGAAAGGAAUCAGCAAUAAUGGAGGAGAUGGUCACUGGCAUGCCGCAAGUCCUGGGAGAACUACAGAGUGAAUCUGACAUGGUGGAGUAUAAACACAACCUGAUCAGCACUGUGAUGUCCAGCCUACAGAGUGACACAGCGGCCUGCAGAAACAGGACAGCGCUUUCAGAGGAGGCUCACUCGUCCCUCGUUUCUCAACGACAUGCUGUGAUGCAAGACCUGAAGGCUAAUUUGGGGAAAGCUCUAAAAGAGAACGCGGAGUUGGCGCAGGAAUACUGCGAGCUGCAGAAAGCGGCGAUGGUUGCCAAGCGAGAAGCUGUGCUCACGUCGGGUGAGAAAAACAGAGCCGAGGCCUCUUUUCACAAUCACACGCAGCUUUCAUUGUUGCAGAGGAGGAUGCACAAAGCCAUGCUGAAAUACUUCAAACACCGCAGCGUCUACAGCCAAGCAGAGCUGGCCCGCUUCCAGGCCCUCUCCAACCAGAACAAGCAGAAAAUGAAAGCCCUCCAGGAUGACUUGUCCAGGGCAAUCCAGCGCAUCUCGGCCUUCCUGACCGACGCCGACGCCAACGACAAACCGAGGCGCCUGGACCUCGAUGGACUUAACAGGCCGAUGCCUACGGUGCAGAUAGCAGAGUAAUUGGACGCUCACCUUUGUGCCAGACAACUCACUUAUAACCCUCUUCAAGCGUGCUUCACUCUCUCCACCCUCUCUGCUCCUCACAGCCCAAUCCAUAACAAUGAAACAGGUGACUUUCAUGCUGCUGUCAGGAAUGAUCUAAUUUUAGCUGGGUGAAUGAUUGCAAUUGGCUUUGCCUCAUCAGAUAAUUAAUCUAUGUCACCAUUAAUUGGAAAAGAGAAUAAUUACAGGGCUGUGUUGACAGAAAUUCUACGCUUCUCCACAUUCCCGGAUCUAAUUACACCUACUAAAACCCCUCUUGACCUUAUCCUGUGGUUAGUAUACCUGUGUAGUCUUAACCAGCCCAUGGCCAAAGUACACGCUUCCUCCCUCGCCAUGUCUCUCUCUCUCUCUCUCUCCCUCCCUCUCUCUCUCUCUCUGUCACUCUUUUCGUUGUUUGUUCCUUUUCUUCCCCCCACGUCUUCCCGCCCGCAGAACUGUCUCUCUCAAUCACUUUUCAAUAUUCAAUCUUAAUUUUGUGGAAGUUUAGCAUUUUCAAUGAGCUGGAGAUGAAUGAUUAAUGAAUAAAUUUAAAUGCUUCAUUUUG